UAAACUUCAAACUUGCAAACAGGCGAAAUCGUAUUCCAUUUCCACGCCCGGACCACCCGGCGACAGAAGAGAGAUGGACACCCUUCAAAUUCUUCGCAUGAAUGGCGGAGAAGGAGAGACCAGCUAUGCAAAGAAUUCAGUCGUACAGCAGAGGAAGAUAAUGAGCUAUGAAAGUCCAAGUAUUGAGGAAGCAGUGACUGACAUAUUGUGCAAGAAUUUCUCGGAGACCAUGGGCAUGGCAGAUUUAGGCUGUUCAUCGGGGCCUAACACUUUAACGUUGGUAUCAGAAGUCAUAGACAUGGUAAAUUCCAAAAGCCAGAAAAUGGGUUUUUCGCUUCCGGAGAUAAGGGUUUCUCUUAAUGAUCUUCCAGGCAAUGACUUCAACGAUAUAUUCGUGUCAUUGCCGACAUUCUACCAGAAGCAGGAAGAAGAGAAGGGUAAAGGGUUCCGGAACAAUUGCUUCAUAUCAUGCGUGGCAGGUUCUUUUUAUGGAAGGCUGUUUCCUAAGAAGAGUCUGCAUCUCGUUCACUCUUCUUCAAGUCUUCACUGGCUAUCUCGGGCUCCUCCUCGUCUGGCUGUAGAUGCUGCCGUACCUUUAAACAAAGGAAAGAUAUACAUUUCCAAGACGAGUCCGUCAAGCGUUAGCAAGGCAUACCUAUCGCAGUUUCGGGAGGACUUGUCACUCUUUCUCAAGUCACGAUCGGAAGAGAUGGUCCCUGGUGGCCGCAUGGUCCUAUCGUUCCUGGGCAGGACCUCUGCAGAUCCAGCCACGGAACAUGGUGGCCACCAAUGGGAGUUAUUAGCCAAAGCCCUAACCAGUAUGGUUUCCGAGGGACGUGUUCUAGAGGAGAAAAUUGAUUCCUUUAAUGCCCCUUACUAUGCUCCAUCUUUGGAGGAAGUAAGAAAUGAGGUAGAAGAAGAAGGUUCUUUCGUGAUUAACAGUCUGAAAGCCUUCGAAGUUGAGUGGGAUGCAGGAUUUCAAACCGAUUCUGCUUGUGAAAUCCAGGAGAACAAACGCAAGAUAUCAUCUAGGGGUGGCCGAGUAGCGAAAACCAUUAGGGCCGUGGUUGAAUCUAUGUUGGAAUCUCAGUUUGGAAGGGAUAUUAUUGAUGAUUUAUUCGUGAAAUAUGCAGAAUUGGUAGAUGACUACUUCUCAAGGGCCACGCCAAUCUACAUCAAUUUGGUCCUGUCCGUCACGAGAAAGGGUCCCUAGCUAUAUGAUGAUUAGAUAUGGUGAUUAUGAUUUAUGGAACAAUGAAAUUGUCUGAAUACUCCUUGAACUAGACAAUACCAUUACUUCUUUCGCAGAGGUCAUACAUGGAUUUAAUUUGCUUAUAUAUGCUUCAUUCAACAUCGCAGCUGGAACUAUUUUGAUUUCCGUGUUCCAUUUCAGUGUAAUGUUUGUGGUGUAGACAAGGAAAUUGCUGUUGUAGUUUCAAAUUUUUAUU